CCCAUUGCCUGUCAGUCAGCCCACAGAGCCAACAAACCCAGCCGGCCGGUCGGCGUCCCCGCAAGUUUUGUCGUUCAGGGCUUUUCAAUAGAAAAACGUGCAAUCAAUCCAUAACGCUAUGAGGUUGUGAGAACAGAGAAUUUGAUAGCGCCGGGAGAAACUCAAGUGCGUCCAGCCCUAGAAAAGAAGUCUCGUUUGGCUCGGUGUCGUAAAUAGCUCGCAGUCACUGGAAAGAAGUCACGGAGAGGAGCGAUACCGAUCGUUUACGAUAAACCCCAGUCGGCGAAACAGUUCAACGAUAAGCAGACGUCACUCGACUUUUAUUACACGGACUUUGUGGGAGUGUGUUGGCUUUUUUCCGCUAGCUGUGUUUCAGUUUACUCUUUCCGGAUAAUACUUCGUAACUUCUCGAAACUUGUGCGCGUGUUGUUGAUGUUGUUGUUGUUGACGAUCAUUUUUAACUGUGUCGUCGUUGUGUGUAAAUUGUGAUAAUUUUUUUUAACUAACUCUUUCUAUAUGAAGAUGCGACGCCGUAAAUCGAAUAGGGGCAGACCGCGGAAAGUAAAGACGGACAAUAACAAUGUCCAGAAGGAUGUGUCGUCCGCUUUUAAUUGCGAAGCAGACGAAAGUAGUGAGGUAGACACGCCAAAAAAUUUCGACUUUAAUGAAAAGGAUUACGACGCGAAACUUAAUAAGAUUGGACCCACGACAUACAGAAUCGGCAGUACGCAGUUGGACAUGGAAAACGCAGGGGACGAUCUUAAACCCAUUUUUCGGGACAACGACAUUCUGUUCCAGGUGGAGUGUGGGUCCAACAAGGCUCAGAUGUACCUGUCGAAACUCUGUCAGGGCAGUAAGGGGUCGUGCAUUCAGUACGACGGGUCCUGGUUGACGCCCAACGAGUUCCAGUUCGUGAGCGGGCGGGAAACGGCGAAAGACUGGAAGAGGUCAAUCAGACAUUUUGGAAGGAGUCUCAAGCUCCUCCUCACCAAAGGGAUCCUGGCCGUCCAUCCGACGGCGUGCCGCUGUGACAGCUGCUGCUUCCUGACGUCAUCGGACGAGAAACCGAGUCUGAUCGUGAAACAAGCCGUGAAGAAGUCAAAGAGUAAAUCCAAGUCGAAAGGCCGACCAAGGAAAGUGAAAAACAACAAAGAAAAUAACAAGCUUCAAAAAUGUGAAAACAAUUCAAAAGAUGCAAAGGCCACGUCGGAGAAUUGCAAAACCGAGCCCAUGGGAGAGGACGAGUAUCAGGACAGUACGGAGGACGGAAGUGCGGACGAGGAAAGCGAAAACGAGAACGGCGACGCCUCCGAGAGUGGUGCCGCUUCGGACAGUGGUGGAGACGACGGCGAAGAAACUGAAGAAGAAAACGGAAAUGACCGAAAUAAUUCCGGCAACGAAGGUAAAGAUACGGCGGCGGCCUCGUCCUCCGAUGGUUCCUCGGAAUCGGAAUCUUCGUCCGAUUCUUCCGACACUGAGCCAAACAACGACGGGGACGGGAAGGCCGCUGACGUUAACAACACUGACCAGGUUGAGAAGGAUGAGGAAGAAGAGGAGGAGGAUGACGAAGAAGAAGAUAUGGAUACUGUAGAGUCAUCGGUUGAUGACGCAAAGAAGACGCAAGAACCAUCUUCUAAUGGAUUCUCCAAAGAAGAAGAAAGCGUGGAAAUGAACGAGGUAAUAAGGACAGACAAUACGGAUAAUGAUGUCACUGCUAUCCUCUCCAGUGACAACAAAAUAGAGGAUGACGCGGAUCUCGCAGACGCCGACAAGGACGAUAAAUCUUCAACGAAUAGUGAAAAAACGGACCCAAUAACGACCGCGAUUGUUAAUGAUGCCAAGUCAACAUCCAUGUUGGACACUAUCCAGGUACCGAAACCUUUAGAGGAAAUAGGGUGCUCGACGCUGAUGGACAAGAUUGCCGAGACAAUUGAACAAGAGAUCGAGAAGGACGAUGCUGAGGUCAUCAGAAAUACAACAGAGGAUCAACAGAACAGUAAGCCUGCCUCGCCGAUCAAGUGCAAUACGCCGAGCCCGAUCAAGUUCAUGACAGAAAGUAACGAAUCUGACGAUCGGUCUUAUAAUACGACGAAAGUAGACGCCGACAUUUCUAAUUCUGAAGAGGAGCAGAAGGAUUCCACUGAAACGAUAUCCGUGGAUGUGAAGAAAGAUUCUGUUGUGGACAAAGAGCUGCAGGAGGUUAAAGCUGAAGUAGAAGAAGAGGAAAAGCUCGUGAAGCCAAGCGAUAAUAAUAUUAAGGACGGUUCCACAACUGGAGAAGCGGCAAAUGUCCCAGGAUCUCCAGCAGAAAGAGUGACAACUCCUGCCAACACACCGCCAGCCAGUCCGGCGAGAAGAUGCGUUGACAGAGCCAACAGUUCACAGGGCAAGUCCCGUCUUAGCAGUAUUAUCGACAUACUGAGGACAUCCAAGGAACGAGAGUGUCAGAAACCGGCGAGCGAGCCCGAGCCGAGAGUACCCAGUGAGAAAUCUCGCCCUCCCCUUCCCCGAGAACCUGUAGUGGAACCGCCCACGCCCAGUGUACCCAAACCACGGGAAAAACCAGAUCCGCCCAAACCAAAAUCGGUCACAGCUGAAGAUGUCAUCUCCAAGGAUCGACCUCACAACGCCUUCAGAUACCCAGCGAGUCUUCUCCCCUUUGGUUACCCUUCUCCAGAACACCUGGAAAAGGUGAGCCGCGAGGCGCACGACCAGCUGUCCAAGUACCACCGCCAGUUCGAGAAGAACCUCGAGUCGAUGAUCGCCCAGAACAUGAACCCCUUCAUCCCCGAACUCAGCAUCUACAGCCUGCCCGAGCACAGGGCCCAGAUGGAGCUGCACUACAUGCAGACGAUGGAACAGCUGGCGAGACAGCAGUACGUGAUGGCGGAGAGCAGGAGUCGGCAGAUGAUCCACGAGAACAACCUGCUCAUCGGCAAGCUCCACGAUCGGAUCACUCGAGGCAGCGGCCAUCCCGGGCAUGUUGGUGGCGUCGUCUCACAGCAGCAUAAUAAUGUCGUCGCCGUUGGCAAGCAUGGUGGUGAGAAGAAGAUCGGAAGUGGUGGUUCCGAGAAGCGUGCAUCCGCCCAUCACAACCAGCAGCAGCACCACCAUCAUCGUGAUCAGGCGAGUCAUGGUCAGUCGCAACAUCUGCCGACGAAAGCUCUGCCAGCUCACAGACACGUGCCGGACACGAGACAGCUGGACAAGCAUAGUCAAUCCAAGUUACAGAACCCCCCUGCAGCACACGGUCACCACACCACGAAUCAUCCUAGCAGCAGCAGCAGUAGCAUCAGUGUAAAGCCGUCAUCAGCAUCCCACCCAUCACCGUUCAUAGCAUGCACAACUGCAGCAACCCACCCCAGACCCGAGAGUGUGCCCGCCCCCAGCAGUUCUCCACUGGCGGGGACCCUGUUACCACAGCAGAUGUGGUCAUCCUGUUUCCCAUUCGUUGUUCCACCUCCUUCCUUGGAGAUGACGAGACUCACUCAGUUCUUUCCAAACCUCAACAGCAGCGCCAGGACCUCUAAGGAGAGUCUCAAACAUCCUUCCUCGACGCCCUCAUCGGCGCUCGACUUAUCGACGAAAAAACAGAAGACGUCGAGAAAUAGCGACGUCCAUUCUGGGCGAUCGUCGAGUCUGGGUGGCAGCGACGCCGCCACGUUGCGUGCCAAAGCUAUACAGAAUCAACUGGCGAACAGUGGCUCGCAUUCCCAGACAUUGAGGCGCAGUCUCCAGGAGGGCAAGUCCGGGUCUCUGGCGGCGUCAGACUACGAACGCAAGAACGGCGUCUCGGGCUGCACGUGCGGUCUCAAGCAUGUUGACGAUAUACGGACUUGGUCUGUCAAAGACGUGUGUCAUUUCGUGAAGAGACUCGAUAGUUGUUCUGUGUACUCAGAGAUAUUCCUUCGCUACCGCGUUGAUGGUCAAAGUCUUCCACUGCUGACAACAGAUCACCUGACCAAAUCGUUUGGCAUGAAGCUCGGGUCGGCUCUCAUUCUCACAGGCGCCAUUGCCAGAAAGUUACAGGACAUCAGUCAGAUAGUCCCGUGUGACUACUGCAGGAAGAAGAUAAACAGAGAAUAACGAUACGAGAUGGACGGUUACCCAGUUAACUUUAACCCUCACGGGUGUCCUGAAAUAUAGCUUGUGUGAAGGAGAUUCAGAGAAUUAAAUAAACAGAGAAUAACGGUACGAUAUGGACGUGACCCAAUUACUGUAAACCUCGUUGAUGUUCUGAAAUAUGUUUGUGUGAAGGAGAUUCAGUGACGGAAAUAUGCAAACGCGCCUAUAACGAAAAUGUAGUGUUUCUUGGAGAAGUGGUUUUGUGUGUGUCCACCAUCUUCUGACGAGGAGACACUACGGUUACGGAAUCUUAGUAAACAAGAUAACAAAUGCAAAUGUCUGAUAAGGAUUUGGGUGUGGUGGCUGAUGGGCGUUGUGGGCAUAUAUCCCCUAUUUCGUUUGGAAGUCUUAUUUCUGAGUAAGACAAAACAGGGUGCCAUUUCAUGCACAGUUCAACGUAAUUCCAAUCACGCCCACCCCCUGUUGUUGAUUCAAAACUAGAAUCAUUCUGAAUGUGGUGUUUCUGAAAUGAAGUUUGGCAAGGUACGGGAGUCAAAACUGAACACUUAACUGAUACAAGACCGAAAUAAACUUUUUUGCAAUGGUUGAUGACAAGCAAUAUUUUGCACUGGAUAUUUGGUGCAUUAGAUAAAAUUGGAUUACGGAUUUGGUGUGUUUUCUCGGAUACUAUGCAGCAUGGGAUAUCUAUUGAGGAAUAUUCGCAGUUGUGGUUAUAACGGAUUAAAUCUAACUUACUGGGAUUUGAGAAGACAUCAUGCAUGACGUGUUGAUCGUCAUAUUCCCACAAUGGGACUUACAGACGAUAGCGCAGACGAGACCAUCUAGAAUGGCGGGAAUGAGUGGUCGACUACAAGAAAGACACACACUCUUAUAUUACGCGUAAACAGCCGUGCAUUACGCAUUCGAUAAGAAACACUUGGCGUUGGUAUUCAUUGCAAAAUAGAUGGAGUAUCGUUAUGAAUUACCGUGUGUGAGAUAACAGCUGUAUAUCAUUCUGUUGAACACAGGAUACAACUCAUAAUAUGACACAAUGUACUCAAAGAGUUCUCCAGGACAGAAAAACAGCUUAUCUGUUUGGCCGCAGAAUUCAGCUAUUUAUGUGAGGUGGACUUCAACAUGCGGAUAUAGUAUUAUAAGCGGUGGUCGGCAGGGACAAUGUUGGACUAAACUUUAUUAAAAUCCUGGCCAAGCCUUAUAAACGCGCUGGUCAGACCACUAUGGUUAGGAUCCUCUUUGGGGCAUAUGGAUACUGCCCGUAUGAAGAACCUAUGCAAGAUGCAUGGGCUUCAAAACAAUUGUGGUGAAAAUGUGGGUGUAUUAAUAUAACCCAUGAUAUUACAAAACUAUGUGUCUGUAUUGCACUGGAGUCGAUAAUUUUUCAACACAUCCCAGCAUUGUUCAGUGAUGUGAAACCAUUUUGUUUUCCAAAAUUGUGCCACAUGUUUAAGACGUGGUAUUUAUUCAUUCAUCACUGGAUUAUCAUAAGACUAAAUAUGAGUAUUUUGUGACUCUACCAUUCCAGUGUAUCAUGUAUGUAUGGAAUGUACCAUCGUGGAAUAACCUUAGUUUUUUAUUUCUUAAGUGAGUUGUUUUUGUGAAUUCCUGGAGGAUGAAAUAUCUUUAAUAGCAAUCAUAUUGUAGGAUGGUCUUCUACACCAUUAUCCAGAAAACAUUUUUAAUUCAUCAGGUUGGACCUGCUUAUAAUGUAAAUAACUAGUUGUAGAUUAACACGGAAAGACAACCAAGACCGUUUUUAGUUUCAUUAUCAUUUUAGGUCAUCCAUUUAUAUUAUUAUUAUGAAACAUUCCUAGAAGAUCAUCUGUAACUAUUAAUCAUCACCACCAUCAUCCAUUUUAAACAUCACAUGGUUUCCAGAUGCAUUGUAUUUGAAAGAGUAAAGAGUAAGGUGAGCUAAAGGCAGACUGGACAAAAUGUUUAGCAGGUUGGCAGUAUCCUGGGCUUAUUGAAAAGACUCAGUUUGGACUUAGUAACAAAGUUCUGACCAUAUCCUGUUUGUGCUCAUAUCCUUGGCGGCAAUGGCGCAUCUAGGGAAGAUUGUAACUACACCGGUUAUAUUGGCAACUUCCUGAAGUUAUUUGAAAUAUCCUUGAGUGGACUGACUAUAUUAUAUUUGUACUGAUGAGUGUCCUGGACGGUCGAAGAGUAUGUUGGGUCAACUAACCUUUGUUUAGACACGCAGGCUGUAUCCUUGUCAGACUGACACUACCCUGGACUUAUGGACUAUAUCCUUGGUGGAAUGAUACCAUCCUGGACAGAGAGGCAAUGCACGAGUAUUCUGGCCUCCCAGAUACAUUGAGAUUAUCAGCACCUACGGACCAGAAUUACUUUUACUAACCUGUAUCUGCCCUAAUCGGCCCAGACUCGCGGUCCAUGGCCUACUGACGUAUUGUCCAGCUGUGAUCACGUUUGUCUUUGAAGACGUAGCAUUGGUCUGCAACAUGCCUGUACAGUAUUUAUGUUUUACGGGGUCUCAGUUUCAGGAUAAGUGUACAAACAAAUAGAAACACGAGCACAAAAUCAUUAGCAUUAAUGUUUCUGACAAGACAGUCCAGUCCUAAAACGUAAAAUGGAUUUUUUUCUCGGCAUAGUUAAUAGUGGAAAUGAGCAAUGUACAAAUAUAACUGGCUUUAUGACAAUUCUGUGACAGUUAAAUGGCAUCAAAGUGUACUUACAGUUGGGUAGUCUAUGGAUUUGUUACGCCAGCAUUAGGUAGCAUAUGGUCAUCUGGUAUGGACCUAACAACAAAGAAAUGCUACAAAGUGACCAAAAUAUAGGUCUACCAGUUUUAUCAAAUUGAAAAAUCAUCAGCCACUGUUGAAUUGCGAACAUCACACUGCCAUGACUUGUGAUCUGGGCCUGUGCUUAUAAAAUAUUAACAUCCACACUCAAGAAUUGAGCGAAAUCGUCAGUUUAACGAUAUCAUGCAAUUUGGAUGGGUCAUACUUUAUUACAAGGCUUGAAAUUGGCAGGGGUCAAGAGGUAGGGGUCAAGAGGCAGUUGACACUCAAAAUACACAAUAUAUUUUAUGAUAAUCAAUUUCGCAAGUAGCUUUUGCUUUCCAACUUUAAAAAUGGAUCACGAUUCAGGUCAACAAAACCGACAUUACAACGACUAUUAAAUAAUAGUAAAUAAAAUUUUGUAUUGAAAAGGGAAGAAAAAUAUCAUUACACAAAAAUAAGAGUAAACUUUAUAUUUUUUAGCAUUUGCUUUCAGGAUUAAAAUGUCACAAGCUAAAACUGCUUCUCAUUCCACAAACUUAAUUUCGAGCCUUGAUUUAAUAUUAAAAUCUUUAGUCUGGGCGUUAAUAAACUUUUAUAAAUACGUGGCAUCAACUCGAGCUAUCAGUGGCGAGGCUUCUCGUCUGCCUAGACGUCUUUAAUUCGUGACCUUGAUCCCAGGUGGCAGUCCAUCCUACCAUUACGUCUGCUGGGCUGCCUUUGAUCGAUGGUGGCUCAAACACAACGUUUUAUCUGUCUAGCUCCGUGCAACCAUCUUAUACUCUACGUUUUAAAACGGGUUGUUCAAUUAAUAAUAGUGUGGUGUAUGUUUAUACUGGACUAUAUAUGUGCACUGUAUAUUGUACCUUAAAGGAACAAUUCUGGGUUUGCUGCCUUUGUAAGAUGUUUCCGACAAAGAGAGCCCCUUUGAUGAUUACAGUUCCAAAUUAAUAACAUUUGCUUGUUUAUAAUAUCGCUAUCUGUAUAUUCAGUGUGUUUCUGGUCGUUCUAUUGUUUGCAAGUAGCCCAAAUUUCAUUUUACUUCAUAAUAUCUUUUUUGUGUGUGUGUUUUUGUAUCUUCGAAAUUAUUAAUCCAUUUUGGGCAACUACAAUCAGUAUGACGACCAAAAACAAAUUGGAUAUACCAACACUGAAAUUAACGCUAAAACGGCCAUGUAUGUUGAAGACACGUUACAAUGGCGGCGAACUCGUGUCAGUCUCUUAAAAUUCAGGCAUGUUUGCUAAUCUUUAACAAUACUGAUGGUGGAAUGUCAACGUUCAAUACAAUGCCAAAUUAAUCAAGAUUCUAUUUUUUCAUUCGCAGUGAACAUUAAUAAAAAGAUGUUUGGACCUAGUGGUGUUUAUUCAGCUGAACGUUAGAGCGUUUAAAGUUGCAAUCUCGCUCCACGUUAUUAUGACAUUAUUUACUAAUGCAAAAUACAAACACAAUUGCAUUUGGUAUAAACUCAUGUGUUGUUGGUAUAUCAGCUGUUAUCGUCAACUGCCUUCAUACAAAAUGGGAGUAAGACUUGAAGACUUGAGGUCUCUCGUUAUGAUUGUAUUUGUAACACACAAAAAAACCUCCAGUGGAAUAGCCCCCCCCCCCCCAUUUUAAUGUUAAAAUGGACUUUAAUAUAACAUUAUAUGACCUCAUGGACUAAUAUAUCAUCAUAUGACGUAAUGGACUUUAAUACAUCAUCAUAUGACGUAAAUGAAGAAACAUAUGGAACAAUGGUGCUGGGUGGUAAGAUAAUAAUUAUUAACGUGGAUCUGUUCUCGAGCUCUGAGCGACGAGUCUGAUGAGAUGUCUAUAAUUUGUGGGCUGCGUCCCAGGUGGCAAUCCAGCCUAACCUUAUUUAUGUCUGCUGGGCUGUCUUCUAAAUGGGAAAAUAAUGAAACAAACGUACACGAGAUUGCAGCUUUAACGUACGAGCUUAAUAACGUACGUGUGCUAUACAAUACGAGCUGUAGUGUACGCGCUAUAGACGGACAUUAGGAUGUGAUUUGUGUCUGAUUGUCGAAGGGCUUAACAGAGAUGUCCCGCACUAUGCAUUAAGCAAACUAUGCACAGUUUAUGAUGUGUGUACAGAAUCUACUCAUGUGUGUUGUUAGUUAACAGUAGAAGGGUGAUCCAGAUUGUAGAUAGGCGUUUGUUCUGUGUUGGAGAUCGAGUUUCCCUUGAAAAUUUUACUUUGCAAUACGUUUGUAGUAAAGUAGGUUCAUGAAUCCUGGAAUCAUAAUACACUGAAGCAUAUAAUUCUGUAUGCUGCAAUCACGUGGUUCAUAUCGGUCCAAUACGAUAAACACAUUAGACAUUAAUAGAAGGAGAACUGGGCAUUAAACAUAUUUUCCCGAGUACCGUAAACCAUCCAUUAUAGGUUACAGUUAUUACUAUUCUCAUUGCGUAUUUCCAAAACUGAUUAUUUCCAGCAUAACCGUGUCUUACAUAUUUCCACCGUAUCAAUCCAUAACAUUUUUACAGCGCAACCAUUCCACCUUAACAAUUCACUACAAUAUAACCACGCCGUGCACAUUUCAGUCGUAACAAUCAAUUGUUCAUUUCACGCAUAGCGAUCCAUUAUAUAUCCAGAAUAACCACUAGUUAUCUUUUAACCACAAUAUUCAUCAUAUAUACUCAGCAUUGCAUUCAGCAUUUCGGGCGUCACCACGGAUUGCAUAUUCCGAGCAUAAUCAUCCAUUGACAAUUCCAACAAACUCCAUCAUAAUACAUUGCCAUCUAGAGCACUUGGUUCAUAUGUUGCGCAUAACCAGGAGGGCUCUGGUGUACCUAACGUUAUAUUCAUCUCGCAUUCUAUACAUUCAUGGAGUCCGUUUUCACAGUGGAACGUCUACAUGUUUACAAUAAAAACAAUUACCAUGCGAUUGCAGCAUUCAGCAUUUAGGGAUGUCCCAAAAAGCAUUUCAGGGGAGGUGUUUUUGUGUUUUUUCUAGUACUUGUCAAGUACUAUGAGAACACUGUAAUACAACUAAUUCCAGACUCAACUUCAUUUGUUGUCAUAUGAUUGCCAUGUGAUGUGUGAAUAGUCGUGAGUUUCCUUGAACUUGAAGAAUAUUGUAUUGUUUGCAUAUUAAGAUCAUGUGCCGAGCGACUGGUAGGACAUUGAAAUUAUACUGAUCUCCAUUGAAAAGGCACCACCCAAUUUUUAGUUGUUGCUCUGAUGUGUGAUGUGUGAAUAACCCCUAACCGUUGUGUAUGAUUGGUGGGUUAUUAAUAUUUAUUGCCUGCCAUGUAGUUGUACAAAAUCAGUGAAAAUGUAUUAUUUUUUCUUCUCCUAUCCUUUUUUUUUUUUACAACUACAAACCUGACUGGUGCGUUUUCAUUGGAGAAAGUAAAAAAACAAAAAACGAUUAGAUAAUAAUGAUUUCCUUACGACUAAUCUUAAUAUUUACACCAGACACAUUUGACACCAUGUAUUUCGUAUGGCUCUGGUGUAACGGAACAGGAUUACCAGAAAAUACUUUUGUUAAAUCUUCAAAAGCAAAUCCUUUGAAUCGUUCUGCAUAUCUUGAAUUGUAAAUCGCUGUUUGUUUUUUAUAAACCUACAGACACAACAGUCCGGACAAGCAAUAGUGAUGGUUAAUAUGUUGAGAGGAAAGGAAAACCGUGCAGGACACUGUAAUCUAUGCUAUUUGGUUGUCUAACACACGGUUAUGUUGUCACUUAGUCUAGGGUAUUAGAAAGAAAACUCGCUGUCACCACAUUUACUGCUAUUGCCGAACAGCAGCAAAGGUCUUUUACUUGUAUUUUCCCACAGACACCAAAACACAUAUCACAAUCAUGCAUAUAUAAAUCAUUGGCACUGGUUGGGGAUCGAUCCUAAGACAUAGCGUACGUGAGGCGAGUGCUUUUCCAUGAACUAUGCCCGCCUUAUUUCCCGUUGUAGUCAGAGGCAUGUUCAAGAGGGCGAGCCACUGCGGUCGCUCGCAAGACGUUAGAACGAAUAUGAUAUGAUAGAAAACGAUGGUACAAUGAAACUGUUCGCGAGCGCUGAGCCUCCUAAACACAUUACUAUAUACCUCGGCUAGUAUAUCAAAAUAUAUCUACUACGAUAGAGUAUUCGAUCUAGUUUCAAAGACCUUGAAAUGAAAUAUUUAAUUUGUGGGAAGGUGUAUUCAAUUGAAUCGAUACAAGUAGCUUAAGCGGUGCCAUUGUUGUUGUUUUUCUUCUCUAACGCUCAAUACCAACAUUAGCAAUAAUAUAAUAACUAUGAUGAUAGACCUAAAUGUGUUCAGUGCAGAACGGUCGAGGGUAUUUUAGGGCAGUUCCACAAAAUUUAUAAGAGUGGUUUUCCCCAUAUUUGUACUCAUCAUCUACUAAUUGAAAUUCUACAAUUUAAUUUUGUUUUCCUUUAAAACAAAACAGAUUGAUGCAGAUUUCCAAUUCCAGUUUGCCUCCACACGAUGAUAACUGGAAAAUUAAUGUCAUGACGACUGACUAUUGUUGCGGUGGGCAACGACCGGUCAGUACCUAUUGUCACCAAUAUCUUUCUUUGUUAAACGCUGACACAACCAUUGUUUGCAGAAAUCCAUUUGUGUUGCUCGCGAUGUUCACCAUGCUGUGUUUAGUUAUUUAUUUGUAACCACGCCCACAUAUGGGCGCGGCAUUGUACUGUCAGGAAUAAUUACGUUUGUAUGUGUUCGUCAAAAUGUUCAUGUAUAUUCGUUUGGACAGUACAAGAACAAUUCGGCACGAAUAAAACAUAUCACAAAAAUAAAA